AUGGAGAAACCACCAGUUUUGGACCAAUACGACGGGACCACUGACCUUGACGACCAUAUCCGGAGCAUCGAAGCCGUCAUGGAUUAUCACGUCGUCAAGGGCUCCAUCAAAUGCUGCAUUUUUCCAACCACCCUCAGGAAAGGAGCGAUGACUUGGUACAGAAACCUCCGCCCCAAUUCUAUCCACUCCUGGACCGAGCUCAAGGAACUCUUCUUGAGCCACUUCACGGCCUCCCGUCGGCAACCGAAAUCAGAAGCGAAUCUCGAAGCCGUGAUCCAAGGACCCAACGAACCCCUUCGGGAUUACCUCGACAGGUUCAACAAAGAAGCCGUCCAAGUACAGACGGCCGACUACAUGAAAAGAUACCUCCUAGAACGAGGACUUCUCCCCGGAAGCGACUUCAAGAAAGCCAUAAAAAUUGAGAAGGUACACACUAUGAACGCCCUCCUCCGCAAAGCCCAAGCAUUCAUCGCUUUCGAGGAAGGCAAAGCAGCUGCGAUCAAAGCUUUGAGGGGCAAUGAUGCUGCUCGCAGCUCAAACCACGACGACUCAAGUUCGCGUCGAGGACAUGACAAAAGGAGAGACGAUAGGUCCCGUGACACCAAAGAGCGCUGA